AUGAGGGUCAUCAUUGAACUGAGAGAUGAGGAAAAUAUUCUGGCUAAAAAUGUGGCCAACAGCCUCCUGAUGAAGCAGAGGAAGUUUCUUUACCAUUUCAAAAAUGUCCGUUGGGCUAAGGGUCGCCAUGAGACCUACUUGUGCUAUGUGGUGAAGCGGCGAGACAGUGCCACCUCCUUUUCUUUGGACUUCGGUCACCUUCGAAACAAGUCGGGUUGCCACGUGGAAUUGCUCUUCCUGCGCUAUAUCUCCGACUGGGACCUGGAUCCCGGCCGGUGCUAUCGGGUCACCUGGUUCACCUCUUGGAGUCCCUGCUAUGACUGUGCCCGGCACGUGGCUGACUUCCUGAGAGGGAAUCCCAACCUCAGUCUGAGAAUCUUCACCGCGCGCCUCUACUUCUGCGAGGACCGCAAGGCUGAGCCCGAGGGGCUGCGGCGGCUGCACCGCGCGGGGGUCCAAAUCGCCAUCAUGACCUUCAAAGAUUAUUUUUAUUGCUGGAAUACUUUUGUGGAAAAUCGUGAAAAAACUUUCAGAGCCUGGGAGGGGCUGCAUGAAAACUCUGUUCGCCUAUCCAGACAGCUUCGCCGCAUUCUUCUGCCCCUAUAUGAAGUUGAUGAUUUACGAGAUGCAUUUCGUACUUUGGGACUUUGA